AGGAUACCUGGCAGGUCCUUGGGUGAGGUCGGCCCAGGAUCUGACAAUUCCUUGAGGGCAUGCUUUGGUAAGAAACCAGGAGCACCAUGCCGUCAUUCUCGCCUAAUGGUUAGGUGUGGGACACGUGACGUGACCAGAGACGCUACGGCACCGCAUUCGAGCUGGAACUGAAGAGAGCAUCACCUCAAGGUCAAAUAAUGAUCCCACGAUGAUGCCACGAUGAUGCCACGAUCUACCUGCCCAUCAUAUCGAGUCAACGGGAUCGGGGGGUUUGAUCAAGGACAAAAAAAUGUCUAAGUAACAUCAGCACGGAAGGAAAUGAAAAUCCUAGUCUGAGACGAUGGGCAAGACAAGUGGCUACAGCGUGAGUACCAAGCUCAUCAACGACUUAUUUACGUGUCUGCCUACCUACGACCCUGUAUGAGAUAAAAGUUUGGAGAUCAAAGAGAUUGACACGGCUGGACGCGUUCAUGGGCGGAGCUUCCUUCAGAGCAUGAAGUUUCCACACGUGCCUUCCAGGACAAUUUACUUGUUACCAAGGUAGAUGCGGAAGGAGGGGUUGCCGGCAAUCUCGUCACCACUGCACGGAAGGUGCAACUUUGGACAAAAUUUGCCCAAUCCCCACCGCAACAACAGAUCCUCUCACACCUCUCAACCCCUCCCUUUCCAACCCACUUCGCUCCGAUCCGCUGCACAACAGUCUUCGAAAAUGAUGCACUCCCCAUGUCCAAGCCGUCUAGGCUAGAGGACCUUAGCUAAUGAUGAUAACAGGUGGGUUCUGGGUUCUUAAUUGUGACCGCCGCCUCCUCGGUUAUUUCUCUCCGGUACACACUACCUCAGCCCAGAUGUCACAUCCUCCGCACCGAAGGCUUGGGCGCGUUGGCGUCUCCUCGCUUGGAGAAGCCGUAACGUCGCUUACAGCUGGCGCCAUAUUUGGUUUAGUAUACGAGGAUUCUGGAUGCCAUGCCCCCGGCCGCUUAAGUACCUGACCCAUGUGCCAUUCCAUCUCGUCAAGCUUCUCUCUGCUGUACGAGUACCUCUCGAUGGCUUCAGAAAGAUAUCCAUUAUCCAUCAUUCCAAGCAGACAACAGUCCAAGAUUCGAUCGCGGGUCUCAACUACCGGCUAGCAAUGAACAAAAGCCAAUUCACUCCCGACUUGGUCGAGUCCACCCCAUGAUAGUCAUCCUCGCCCACGGAUGGAUAGACAUUUGAACAAUGGCACCCACAGAGAUUUCAGAUCAUGUCAUUCAGGACUUGGACCAGGCCGAGGAAGUUAAAGACACUAAGAAUGAGAAGGACAUCGACUCCUCUUCGAUUGACCCACGUGGUAGCCCAGAGAACCUGGACCUUCGACAUGUCAACGUUAAAGUGCGAAAUGUCUCGGUGACCCUUGAUCCCCAGCAUGUAUCGCCCUUCUCGAACCUCGAGGCUUUCAAGGCUCGAUACUUAGGCGGAAAGAAGCCCAUGAUCAAGAGCAUUCUUAGAGAUGUCUCGGCAGAUUUUCCGAGCGGCAGCUUGACCGCGAUUAUUGGAGCCAGUGGCAGUGGAAAGACAACUCUACUCAAUAUUGUAUCACAUCGGGUCAAGGAUAAGGCUUUCCAAAAGUCGGGAACUGUAGCGUACGAGCCAGAGCAUGGCGCGACAGGCGAACAGAUGGGAAUGGCCUACGUCCUCCAGCAGGACGUCUUGCUUCCCACAUUAACCGUCCGUGAAACCCUGCAAUAUGCUGCAGACCUUAGGCUCUCAUCAACAAGAACCAGAUCCGAACGACAAGCCAUGGUCGAGAGUGUCAUUGAGGACCUGGGCCUGAUAUCCUGUGCUGAUACACGAAUCGGGGACGAUGCUCAUAAAGGAUGCAGUGGGGGAGAAAAGCGACGAACCAGUAUCGGAGUACAGUUACUUGCUGACCAGCCUGUACUGAUACUCGAUGAACCCACUACUGGCCUGGACGCAGCUUCUGCGAUCCAGGUAGUUAGAACUCUCAAGGCUUUGGCCAUGCGAGGCAAAACAGUCGUGAUGACGAGUAGGUCCCCCUAACAGCCCACUGGAUUCAGCUGACAUAUUUCUCAAAGUACACCAACCACGCUCCGAGAUCUGGACCCUUGUCGAUAACCUCGUUCUCCUCUCCCAAGGGUCGCCCGUUUAUUCGGGUCCUGUGAAAGAUUGUUUAGCCUACUUCGAAGACGUCGGAUACAAGAUGCCUCCGUUCUUUAAUCCUUUCGACUUUGUCAUUGAUUUGGCCGCCGUCGAUCUUCGGUCACGAGAACGCGAGACUACUUCUCUCGUGCGUGUACAGAGACUUCAAGAUGCCUGGAGAACCACAUCAUCAAAGUUCAUCAGUCAAUCGCCCCAGGAAGACUUGGACGGCAAACCACUGACCGUGUCCGCCGGCACCGGUUUAAACUAUUAUGGACAUCAAAUCAUGGUUCACACAAAAAGAAACUUGGUCGUUACAUGCCGCGAUCGGCUUGGCCUUCUUGCCAGCAUGAUCGAGUCUUUGAGUAUGGGCAUCAUGAGCGGCUGGAUCUUCUAUCAGCUCGGUACCGAUCUAUCAGGAAUUCGCAGUCGACAAGGCGCUAUGUAUUCUGCAUGCGCUUUGCAGGGCUAUCUGAUUCUUCUCUUUGAGACUUAUCGAUUGACCAUUGACAUCCAAAUCUAUGAUCGCGAACGUAUUGAAGGCGUUGUCAUACCAAUCAGUUUCAUCGUCAGCAGGAGAGCCUCGCGUUUCGUUCUGGAAGAUUUGCCCGUACCCUUCUUUUAUUCAGUCAUCUUCUACUUCAUGGCCGGAUUUCGGGCAGACGCUGACCAAUUCUUUAUCUUCUUCGCCAUCCAGCUAUUGUUGCAUCUAACGGCAGUCAACCUUGCGACCGUGUGCGUAGCUAUGAGUCGUCAGUUCAUGAUUGCGUCCCUGAUAGCAAACCUCUCCUUUACGCUGCAAACUAUGGCUUGCGGGUUCUUCAUCAAUACACGUUCCAUAUCCGUUUGGCUCCGCUGGAUCAAAUGGACCGCUUACACGUUCUAUGCUUUUGGGGCAUUAUGCACCAACGAGUUUGCCGGUCACUUCUACGGCUGUCCCAUUCCAGGUGGUGCAGAUAAUCCACUUUGCCUGGAAUAUACGGGUUCGUUCAUUCUGGAGUCUUUGCAUCUGCCGAGCAACUGGCUAUGGCGUCCAAUCGUGGUACUCGUCGCCUUCGUGAUAUUCUUCUUCAUUCUCUCGGGCAUUGUCCUUCAACUCCAAACUACGGAGGUAGAAAUGGCUAAGGUGCAUACAAGCGAAGCGCCAGACGCUGAGGCGGUUCUAGUCGGCCAACGGUCCCCUGACGAGCACACCAUCACUGUUACACUUGAUAACUUUGGCCUAGAUGUGCAAUUGAAACGACUCUUUGGCAAGAAUACAAGCAAGCGAAUACUUCAUCCUGUCAGCACAUCAUUUGGACCUGGAGUUUUGAAUGUGAUCAUGGGUCCUUCGGGAUCAGGCAAAUCGUCCUGUCUCAACGCCAUGGCCAGGAGGCUGAACAACUCGUCACUCGUGAAAUAUGUGCCUUCGGGGCAUAUGCGACUUAAUGGGGCAACAAUCACGGAUGAAGUCGUAACCUCAAUCUGCUCCUAUGUCCCCCAGGAUGAUGGAGGCUUGUUAUCAUCACUCACCGUCCGAGAAACUCUGCACUUUGCUGCUCGUCUGCGGCUCCCCACAUUUUUACACCACGAGCAGAAGAUACAACGAGCUGAGGCCGUACUUUUGAAGCUGGGACUCAAGGAUUGUGCUGACACACUCAUCGGUAGUGAGUUGGUCAAAGGGAUUAGUGGCGGCGAAAAGAGACGUGUGUCCAUCGCAAUACAGAUUUUGACGGACCCCAGAGUCCUUCUCUUGGACGAGCCAACCUCGGGCCUUGAUGCAUUUACCGCCUUCUCCAUAAUUGAGGUGCUCAAGAGCCUUGCAGAUGAAGGCCGAACUAUCAUCUUCUCCAUCCAUCAGCCGCGCUCGGACAUGUUCAAACAGUUUGGCGGCAUACUCUUAUUGGCCAAAGGUGGAGAAGUGGUUUAUACCGGACCUGUGUCUGGCAUGCUGCCCUACUUUGACAACAGCGGCUUUGUUUGCAUGGAAUCAGCCAACCCGGCAGACUUCGCUCUCGACUUGUUGGCAAAUGGCAAGCCACAAGCGCUGAAGGAACAAAAGGUGGCCCCACCGACCGGCAGAGAUCUGGUUGAUGAGGUUAUAACGCCUGACCACAAUGAGUCACCCACGCCAAAUAUCGCAAGGGAGAAGCACCUUGAGCUUCCCGCUGCUUUGGGAGUUUAUAGUCGAUCGCCAUUGCCGUUUGCUCGAUCUUUUCCAAUACUGACACAGCGUGGGAUGAUCAACCUUCGACGACAGCCAAAUUUGCUCACGGGCCGUAUUAGUCAGCUUGUUGGGCUUGGAAUCGUGCUCACAGCUUUCUUCACUCCCCUACAGAACGACUACUACGCGGUGCAAACAAGAGUUGGCUACAUCCAAGCCAUGUCAAGCAUGUUUUUCGUCGGUAUGCUCAACAGCAUUGCGAUGUGGCCCUAUGAGCGCGACCUCUUCUACCAUGAAGAUCGUGACCGAACCUACCCGCUGGAAGCCUUCUUCUUCUACUACUUGGCCAUCGAAGUCCCUAUGGAGCUUGUCGCUUCAUUCGGUUUCAGUCUUUUGACUGUGUUCGCGGUGGGCCUUCCCCGAACGGCGAGCAUGUAUUUCCUCAUGGUCUCUGCAUCCUUCUGCGUUAUUUCAUGCGGGGAGAGCUUUGGAAUCUUGUUUUUGACCAUGUUCUCUCACACAGGACUGGCGGUGAGUGUCAUGAGCGUUGUGCUUUCAAUCUCUGUGCAUCUGGGCGGAGUGUUGAGCAUCAAUGUGGACAAAUUUCUGGCUGGAGUCAACUACAUCAGCCCAAUUAAGUGGCAGGUUGGUAGCCUGUUGAGCUACAGCCUUCGCGACAUCGAUUUCACGUGCGAGCCGGAUCAGAGACUGGGUGAUGGUCAUUGUCCGAUUGAGACAGGGGAACAGGUUUUGGAUCUGUAUCAGCUCAAUAUCAACACCACCGAAUAUGCGAUUGCACUGUUGGGGGUGACGAUUGGAUAUCGGCUGCUAGCCUAUGCUGGACUGCGACUUCGACGGACAGAUUGGAAGAGCUUUGGAGCGAGGUGUGCUAAGGCAUUGGGAAGAAGACGCUCGCUAGCCUGUUAGUCUGGUUGGAGGACAUGAUUCAGAGCAUUGCUUCAGCGUGGUUUUUGGCAUUAGAAAUCUGGAUAGCGUUUGCUGUGUCAGGUUACCUUAGCAUUGUCUAAUGAAUAAAUGAAUGAAAAAAUC